CGUUGUGUUAUCGCGAGACUUGUGAGCGACCAUCUUGCUCCCGCCCCUGACAGUGUCUCUUGCCCGGGUCACUAGGACGCGGAGAGUGCUACGUGGACUCUCGUUGACUAUGCUGUCCCGGGUGGUGCUUUCUGCGGCCGCUGCAGCGGCCCCCCGUCUGAAGAACGCAGCCUUCCUCGGUCCAGGGGUAUUGCAGGCAACAAGGAUCUUUCACACAGGGCAGCCAAGCCUUGCCCCUGUACCACCUCUUCCUGAAUAUGGAGGAAAAGUUCGUUUUGGGCUGAUCCCCGAGGAGUUCUUCCAGUUCCUUUAUCCCAAAACUGGCGUAACAGGACCCUAUGUGCUUGGAACUGGGCUUAUCUUAUAUUUUCUGUCCAAAGAAAUAUAUGUGAUCACUGCAGAGACCUUUACUGCCGUAUCAACAAUAGGAUUGCUUAUCUAUGUAGUUAAAAAAUAUGGUGCCUCUGUUGGAGAAUUUGCUGAUAAACUCAAUGAGCAAAAAAUUGCCCAACUAGAAGAGGUGAAACAGGCUUCCAUCAAGCAGAUCCAGGAUGCAAUUGAUAUGGAGAAGUCCCAGCAAGCACUGGUUCAAAAGCGCCAUUACCUUUUUGAUGUCCAGAGGAAUAACAUUGCUAUGGCACUGGAACUUACUUACCGGGAACGGCUGCAUAGAGUAUACAAGGAGGUAAAGAAUCGCCUGGACUAUCACAUCUCUGUGCAGAACAUGAUGCGUCGAAAGGAACAAGAGCACAUGAUAAACUGGGUGGAGAAUCAUGUGGUGCAGAGCAUCUCUGCACAGCAGGAGAAGGAGACAAUUGCCAAGUGCAUUGCAGAUCUGAAGCUCCUUGCAAAGAAGGCUCAAGCACAGCCAGUUUUGUAAAUGCAUCUAUCUCUGUGGAGACAGCUAGAAGCAGUUGACCAAGGAGACUCAUCGAUGUGGCAUAGUCUUUCUGUGUUGCUGUCUACUGAAGUUACACUUAACCUUUCCCAAAAGUGAAGUUUGAAUUUCACAUGAGAAUGAAAACAGUCUGUUGGCCAGUGAGAUGUUUUUCAUCCUUCUUGCUCUGUAUUUUGAGUUGUUCCAUGAUCACUUUUGAAUAAGCAGUUUGCUUUUAAUAAAUUUGUUGCCUGACUAAAGAUUACCAAGUUAGAGUUUAAAUUUGUAAUUAAUUCUACCAUCUUGCAGUAAAGUGACAGUUGAGACUA